UUGAGCCUACGCCAUCCUGCGGUUGGCCCAAUUCGAGCGUGUCUUUGGCUCUAAAUAGCGUGGAAGCCUGGGCCGGGCUGUGUGUGUUGGUGUAGUGGUAGUGAGGCCACGAGGAGAAUUGCCAUCUUCAAGACAAGUCGUAGGGGGAAAUCAGUGGUAGUUUACCACCACCCGCGGGACCAUCUGCUCCACUUUACCAUCUGAAUCGAAGAGCGUGCCCGAUCGAGCCGCAUUUCCACCGUGGCCAGUCCAGCCCAAGCCGGACGCCCGUUCAAGCCUUUGACCAUCUGAGAUUGGAUAUUGAAGCGGUUCGCAUCCAUCCACUGACUGGAAGAGAAACCCCAACCCGCCAUCCAUCAUCCAUCCAAACACCCAGGAUCUCUCCGAUUCGAACCAACCGGAUACCGUCAUCAUCAUCAGUAUGAGCGAAACCGCCGCCGUGUCCGUCGCUGCUGCCAGCGAGGAAGCCCCCGCCACGGGUGGCUCCACCGCUACGGCCGCCACCACCCCCGCCGUGAACAACAACAACAACGCUGCCGUCAUGAACAACAAUAACGACGAUCUCUCCCCGGAUAAUGGCAGCGCCAGCGGUAGCAUCAGCGGCAACGAGGGUCCCACCAAAGACGAGCUGCCCAAGGAGGUGGUGGCCUCCAAGGUCUCGGGCACUGUCAAAUGGUUCAAUGUCAAGUCGGGCUAUGGAUUCAUCAACCGGAGCGACACCAAGGAGGAUGUGUUCGUCCAUCAAACCGCCAUCCUCAAGAACAACCCCAAGAAAGCCGUGCGCAGCGUGGGCGACGGCGAACUUGUCGAGUUCGAUGUGGUCGUGGGCGAGAAGGGCAACGAAGCCUUCAACGUGUCCGGACCCGAAGGAACGCCCGUCAAAGGCUCGCCUUACGCGGCUGACCGCAAACGCGGGGGCUUCCGUCGACGAGGACGAGGCUUCUUCCGCGGGGGCGGCCGAGGUGGAGGUCGCUCCGGCGAUGAAGACGAAGAAGAAAUGGGCGAAGGCGAAGAAGCCCAUGAGGGGGGCGAUGGUGGACCACGACGCCCACGCAGGUUCCCGGAACGCAUGCAGCGUCGCCGAGGUAACGGUAAACCGGGUGGCCACCAUGAAGAAGCCGAAGAAGGGGAAAUGGCCGAGGACGGCAGUAUGAAUGGAGGACGCGGAGGUCGCGGCGCCCGAGGGGGUCGUGGUUUCCGAGGCGGUAGUGGGGGUAGUUUCCGAGGUUCUCGUGGCCGUGGCAUGGGCGGAGCACCUUAUCGAGGUGGCGGCGGCAUGCGCGGCGGAGGACGUGGUGGACCCCCUUUCCGUGGUAGCCGAGGCCCCAGCCGUGGUGGGCCUCUGGGAGGACGUGGUCGUGGCGGCCCUCGAGGCGGACCCCGCGGCGGCCCACGUGGGGGCAGCGGAGCUCCUCCAGCCGGACCCGAAUAAUUCUCGCCAACUCGGCCCUCACCUCUCCAUGUACAGAAGAAGAAGAACAUUACAAAACAAAAGAUCAACCGCCCCCCAAACAUGACCCUUGAGUAGCCAUUGGAGAGGGUAAAAUAGCUUACAUUAUCUCACAUAUGAAGAUCUGAUCCAUCAUUGUUGCCAUUUCCCAGGGUGUUAGGCCUGUACUCAUUUAAAACACAUUUCAAACAAAAUCUCAUAUAAUAACAUCACAUCCACCCUCCUACCCUCCUCCUCCUUGAUGAAAUCAUAAUGGCCAUCAUCCAAUUACCAACCAAGCCUAAAACAACAACAGCAACUUGUGCCCUCUCCAUUCACAUCAUCUUCUUCCAUGGUUGCUAUUACCUGCUGCUCUAUGAAACUACUCGAUUUACUACUCCACUUUGGGCAAGGUCAACAACUACAAGAACAACAAUUUAUUAAUACUUCAAUUUGAUGCUAUUCCUCAUUGUGGAACUGGAUGAUGAGCCCAACAACCAAUUAUGUUUUCCAUCAGAUAUCCACGUUCUGUAUUUAUUUGAGAAGCAAGAUCUUCAGCCAAUUCAACAAACCUUUUGGCCAUUCAUGUUUGAAAACGAAAAAUAAACUUCAAUGUUUUAAAACAA